AUGUUUACACCAUCUGGCAAGAGGGACAGCGUCAGACAGGGCCUGCCUGAGCGCGCGCGCGCCAAGCUGGACUUCAGGUGUACGGUACUGGAGAGUCUGCUGAAGCGCCAGGCGCAAUCACACAAGGCGUCGGCAGGCCUUACGCGCUGUUGUGGGUUGGUGCCAACUGCAGCCAGUCACAGUACAUCGCCAGUUGCACAAGCGACUGCAGCGCGCCAGUCACAUAUUAUGUGCGCGCAAGACCAGCAACCAUACCCAAGUGCCUGUGAUCAGACAAGGUCGCGGCAGGGGGGGGAGACAGGUUACAGUGCCGCUCCCUAGGGUUAGCGUACGCGCUUGGACAGCAUAAGCGUCGCUUGGUCGAAUUGAUGCACCGUUAUAACUUUAGAAACAUGCACCAUCGACAGGAAGAGAGAGCGAUCGAGAGUAGGGUCGAGUCAGAUACACGGCUCAAUCGUAUAUUGCUGACAUUGACAGUGAUUAUAUUGUUGAGAGUCCUAGUGUGCUACCCCCUGCCGAAUCGAGCGCAUUGCACAAUUCCGAUUUGAAUCCUG